GCACCCAACCAUAUGAAAUCUGAUGUUUUCAAUCUCCAUAAAGGAAACUAAGAAUCUGUCCAGAAUUACAACGUUGCAAUGUCUAUCUCAAGUUCUGAAUCAGUUAUGCUUUCUAACGCUGCUCAUCACCCAAGAAAGAGGUUAUGGCCCUUCACUCUUGUUUUAUCCACAUUGUUUCCUGUACUAUUAGCUGUGCUUGUCUUCCAGCUUGAUUCAUUUGAUCCAGCUCCUAUGCCCAUCCACGAGUUUGGUCAGGCACCCAUGAUUGUCUCAUUGCACAACAAUCGCAUGCUACAAGGAGCAGAGUUCGUGGGUGCAGGGGAGUUGCUGGGACCCGAAGAUAUCGCAUAUGAUUCCAAGUCACAGCUCAUAUACACGGGUUGUCAGGAUGGGUGGAUCAAGCGAAUCAGAUUGAAUGAUUCAGGCGUGGAAAAAUUGGUUAACACCCGUGGUAGACCGCUAGGAGUUGCUCUUGGAUACAAUGGUGAAAUUAUCGUCGCUGACGCUUAUAAGGGACUGCUAAAUAUAAGCAGAGAUCGUGAGGUGGAGCUGCUAACAGAUGAGGCUGAUGGCCUGAAAUUCAAAAUUGCAGACGGAGUAGAUAUAGCAGACAAUGGUAUAAUAUACUUUACAGACGCUUCAUACAAAUAUAACAUGCAUGAUCACGUUCGGGACGUGCUGGAGGGUAAGCCUCAUGGUCGAUUUAUGAGCUUCGAUCCAGUUACCAGAAAAACCAGAGUGUUAGUCAGCGAUCUUUACUUUGCUAACGGAGUUGCAGUAUCACCACAUCAAGAUUCUGCAAUCUUAUGUGAAACCGUAAUGAGAAGGUGUAGAAAAUACUACAUACAGGGAAACAAACAGGGACACCUGGAGAAAUUUCUUGAUAAUUUACCGGGCUUCCCUGAUAAUAUUAAAUAUGACGGAGACGGCCACUACUGGAUUGGAUUAGCCACGGGAAAUUCGGUUAUUUUUGACUUAGCAUUCAGAUAUCCUUUCAUCCGAAAGGCCAUGGCAAUCAUGGAGAAGUACAUUGGACGACUACCUAAGGGUAACAAUGCAGGUGUCUUGGUAGUUGAUUUGGAAGGAAAACCAGUUGCCCACUACCAUGAUCACAAAUUAUCUUCGGUUACAAGCGCGAUGAAGAUAGGAAAUCGUCUAUACUGUGGCUCUGUUAUCUAUCCCCACAUUAUCAGCCUCAAUCUGGAUCAACAUCAGGCAUAGAAUUCCUGCUGCAAAAUAAAAUGGCAGAGAUAAAUUGUGGCUUGUGUUCUCAAUAAUUGUGGUUUGUGCUGUCAAUAUAGCUUUGUUUAACUAUCUGUGGAUGGUAAACACAUCACAACUUAAUGAACCAUAAAAAAAAAUAAUUAGCAACUUUGUGAAACUUCUAUUUUCCAGUUUUGGAUGAAUCUUGAGUUUGCAAUUUAUCAUUUUGCUCGAAG